AUGGAACAGGAUCCUCAAUUAGCUGCUUCUCAGGAUUUGCAGCGUGCGUUAUUGACUGCAGAAUUUAUAACAAAAGACGCAUCAUCCGACCAAGAUCGUGCCCAGGAUGAUUUUUUUGAGCUAGACCCACAGAUAUUUGAUAGGUGGAUCCCUAUUCUACGUCAGUCAAUCGAAGAUGGUCAGUUGAAUACAAUUGUUGACGAUUUGUAUGCUUCUAUUGACGAUCGUUUCGAAAACAUGGAGACCCAAAUGUUGCAAGACUCUCAAAUCAACAAUAACUUAGUAUCAUCUUUGAAUGAGAUCCAGAAGGUACAAGAAAUAAUAGAAGGCUCGCUACAAAAUGACAUAAAAGGUUUAAUCCAUGAAAUACAAAAUUCUACACAAAGUAUAGUCUCAAAAAAGAAAGUAUUGAUAGACAAUACAAAAACAUCUGCAAAAAUAUCGGAAUCAUCAAUCCUAAUUCAAAAGAUUCUUCAAAUCUUAGAGCUAUUCAAUCGAUGCCAGGAACUUAUAGAAGAAAGUGAUUUCUUCAAAGCAUUACAAACUAUGGAAACUUUUGAGACUAUUUACCUUCAGGAUUUCAAACAAUAUAACUUUGAAUUUUUGAAUCAGAUAUAUGCUUCAAUCCCAUUACUUAAGUUAAAAAUUAAAGACGAAUCAAUAAACUUGAUUAAGAAAUCUUUGAAUUAUAACUUGGAAAAAAUAUUUGGAGUAAUUGGGGACAAAUAUUAUGACGUUUAUGAAAAAGAUAUACUUCAAGAUUGGCUAAAAAAAAAACAAAUAAUGAAGCUUCACAAUUAUAGGUUUAACUCACCGGUUGAAAUCUCAUUGAGAGACAACUCAAAAUUGGAACCUUUACAGCUCCAGAAUUUCUGCCAAUUGUACGAAUUUCACGACUCUAUAUUAAUAUUUCAAUCUCUAAAUGAAAUGGACUUUUUCAUAUCCGAGUUCCAUAAAGAAUAUGAAUUCAGAAAGUCUAAAUUAGUUCACCCACUAUUUUUGAAAGAUUCUUCAACAGUAUCACAUUCUGAUGGUAAACAAGAUCUAUUUGCUGAUAAACUGGAUUUAACAUUCUUCAAAAGUUAUAUAUUAAAAAUCCUUGGAUUUUUGGUGUAUGAUAAGGAAUUGCAUAAAUCAACGGAUUUUGUACUAUCAAACAACUCUUAUAAUUCUACGGAUGAAUUUUGGACAUCAUUCAUGUAUAAAUUACAUCCCUACUUGUUAAAAAUGGUUGAAGAAAAGCUAACUUCACAGAAAGAACUAACUGAAUUCAAAGAUUUCCUAGGUGUAGUAAUUGCAAUUCUCGAAAACUUGAAACUUAACGUAGAAUUGCUUUACAGCGUGCAUAUUGAAACAUUCAACCAGUACUGUGAGUUACUGGUAUACCUGUUUGAAAAAGAAUUUUCCAAUCUUUUACAAGACGAUGAUUUUAUGCCAUUAUCAAUUACAGAUAAAAGCUUGUAUGACAAAAUUCUCAAAAUUUGCUGGCUUACAGAUAAUGGCGAGGAUGCCGAAAAGUCCACCGAUGACAAUUUUUCAGCAACUUUCCCUUUUUCUCCCUUAUACCCAAUGACUUGUACGUUGGUGAAAAAGACAUACACCAAUUUGCAUUCAUUCAUCUCCGUUUUUUACAAACAUGAUAUCUCACACUUAAACCUGAUAUUAGUGAAGGCAAUUGACAGCAUUUUUGACAAUGUUGUCAAUAGAAGUAUUAAGAGUAAAUUAGACACAACUUCACGUGAAGAGAUAGCUCAGAUAUUGGUGAAUCUAGACUAUUUUGUCAUUGCAGCUAAAGAGUUUAGCUUAAUUCUCACUAGGGAAAACCUUACUAACAAUCCCGAUGUUGAGAUUAGACUUUCGUCCAUCAAAAAAUUAAUAGAAACAAGGAAGGAAGCAGAAUCCAAGUUAAUUGAUUUGAUCGAUUCGAAGGUCUUGGACUUAAUGGAAUUCAUAGAAUUUGAUUGGAAUGCAACUACGGUACGGUCUGAACCAGAUAUGACUAUCAUAGAUAUUGCACAAUUCUUAGAAAUGAUGUUCACCUCCACAUUGGCAAUCAUUCCAUAUAACAUAAAAAUGCUUCUGAUAUUCAGAGAAUUUGACGUAAUCACUAGAAGAUUUUUAGAAAAACUCUUAAAUGAAACUCCGGACAGAAUAUCCCCACAAAGUGUUGAAAAUUUUGAGACUGAUAUGCUGUACCUAGAAAAAACAAUCACAAAGAUAUUCCCUAACGAUAUUUCUACAGAUUCGGGUAGUCCUUCACUACCUUCAACACCAGUAGAAGGUUCUAGUAGUGCUGGUAACAGAUCGUCAACUCAAGUGGAAAAUAAUAUUAAAUCUCUAUUAUCAACAUUCACAGACUUGAAGCAGCACAUCGGGUUGAUGAAGAUUAACCACUGGGAAGAGUAUAAGGACAAUGACAUUAGAUUGAAAAAGUAUUCACGAGUGAAGCCUGAAGUGGCCAACUCUCUUCUUUCAAAACUCCAACCACCAAAUUCAGAACAAUCAAAUAUGAUGUCAGAUGAAGGCUCUUCUGCUGACAGCAGAGUAAAUAGUAGGUUUGCGAAGCUAUUUAGCAGAGGUUAA